CCCAUCACCGUGUCUCGCCCUCCUCUGUCGCGCUACCAGAGGCCGUCACAUCAACCUGUUGCAUCGCCCAAGGCAACCGCUGACAGGCGGUCGUUGUUGAGAGAGGCUUCAGCAUCACCGACGCCAGAGGGACCUAGGGAUUCCACCUCGUCGAGCGGAUCUUGGAUUAGGAGGCUCUCGAUCCGUCGCCCCCCGUUGUCGCGUCAGGGAAGCGUGAGGUCGAGAUCCAGCGUUGGGCCGGAUUCGCCCUCAAUGUCCCAGUCAUACACCUCGUCAGCCCCGAUUCUAUCCAGGCCGAAUACUGCCGGCAACCCUCUAUCGCCCAACAAGCUUGUGAAGCGCUCUCCAUCAGUCAAGGCCGGAGACGUUCCCACGCCGACACGCGCCCGAGCUAAAUCGCAUCUAUCUAUCCUGCGCCGACCUGCGACGAGCCACCAGAGAUCUGCCACGCUCCAUCAUUUCCGUCAGAGUGCAGAUUUAACGAACCUGCCAUCACCUGCUUUUUCCUUCGACCAGUCAUCAUCACUGCAAGAAAAUCUUCUUGCGCCCAUACAACCCCAGAGCACACGAAAGAUUAGCUGGGUAUCCUUCUUUCAUUCGCGCACUAGGAACACAGGCAGUGGUGGUAGCAUUGCGAGUCGUCUAGGAGAGGCCACCCCAGGUGGACGGAAUCUGUCUGGAAAGCGCAUUGCCCCAGGGGGUCAAGAUCGCCAAAAAGUGCAUCUCGUCAAGCCCAGGAUGGUCCAAGUCCGAGAUGAGACAGAUGUUCACGUGGUCGAUCGCUCGGUUUCCCCCGAGAAUACGCCUGCCGGCAAGGCAGCACGACCUCAAUCUAUGCCUUUUCCCCCGGUCAGCAAUUGGAUUCCAGGAACGUCGGGAAGCCUUCGACGGCCAAAACGGGGGGCUGAGCCGGAUGGUGUGAGCGACAGGCGGCACGUGUCAGCCCCCAGCAAUAGCGGCGCGCAAAUCACCGUGGAGCUCGACUCUAAGGCGCCGGCGCAAUCAUCGAUCCCACCCAACUCUUUAGCACGGCAGGGGCCGACGCUGGAUUCAGCAGCCAAAGUUCAGCUAACAAUGCAUAAAAGAAGCCAUUCCUCCCCACUUCUCCCCGCUCCUAGAAACUCGAGUUUUCAAAUCGAAGUCCCACGCUUAGGAUCGCCUGGCGGGGCGGUCUCUCACCCAACACGGCAGCACCAGCCCUCGGGGAGCUCGACAAGCUCCGCAGCCAUGUCGCAGCUAACAACGUCGCCAUUGCACGAGGGCUUCGCCGUCGCCGAAAGCUUCGAAAGCGACGCCCGUGGCUUCACGUCAGGGGAUGAGGACGACGCCGACUACAGGAGUGACACCGUGUUCGACUCGUUGCGCACGGCAGCUUCCAGUCGCACAAGGGCCGUGGAGACGCCCUUGGAUUCUAUUUAUGACGACUCCCCCCCGAGCACCGCAGGAAAUAAUGGUAGGACCAAACGCCUCUCAAUACAGGAAAUCUUGGGUCAUACCUGGGGCGGUGACACAGACAUCAUGGAGGAGGACGAAAGUACGGUGAUGCCCACGGGAGUCGAGUCGGUCGGUGCCAGGGCGAGAUACUCUAGCCGCCAUGUCCUCACCCUACCUCGCAUCAGCUCAGAGUCGUCCCAGAACGGCGUAUCGCUCUAUGCGAAAGACUUUGGUCGCAUUUCUCUCGACGACGACUUUGACGAAGACUGGGCCGGUGACGACGACGCCCAUUUCAACCCACUCUCUCCCCCUUCCAAAGGAAGCUCGCUCAACUCGCGACACAUUAACCCCAAUGUCAGGAUUGCGCUGGCGAAUCUGAGCCUCGACCACAUGUCUGAUAUGGACCACGAUGAUCGGCCUCUAAACAACCUGUUCGACUGGAGUGAAACUUCCUUUCAUGACCGGGGCAACUCGGGCGGUGUUCCCUUACGUCCCAAGACGUCUUACGAAAAGCAGGAACUCGACGCCAGGGGCGGACGUUCCGUUAUUCGCAACCCUGUCCCAGCGCACAUACGGAGCCAGAGCGUUCCUCUCUCGCACGCUAUGGAUGAGGCUAAAUCUUCCAACGGUGCCAAGUACGGCACUUGGGGACUGGGCUCAAAGGGAGUCAGUGAGGAUUGGGACGAGGAUUUCGAGUUUGAUGGCGGUGCCAAUGAAAACGAUGGCACAACUGAUGACAAGUUAUUCUCAGUACCUGAAUCCAUCCGUGCAUCCCAGCCUAGUGUGAAAGCGCAUUCGGGACAAAUCCGCGAACUGUCAUUACUCGUCAACGAUCUCAAGCGACUGUGUCGCCACGGGCGCGAUAUGGAUAUGCUCGAUGGCCCACAGAAGACUUUGUGGAAAGAGGCCGAGGGUGUCAUUGCCCUCGCCUCGCCCGAUGAGGAGGAAUCAGUAGACGGAGAAAUUGACGGCAACUCCACCGACACCAUGGACGAAUUCGACAACAACGAUGGAUUUUCCGACGACGAUGACGACGACGACGAUGUUUUCGCUGAUAUCUCGUUCACCAAAUUCGACAUGGCCUUCGAUAUCAAGGAGCCCAUGUCAAAGACGGCUGUAGUUCGUGAGCGUCAUUCUCCGAAACGACGAUCUGUCUUUUCCCCCGACGAUGACAUCUUUGGUGGGAAUUGGCCAUUGGUUGAUGACACCUUGCCUUUGGAACGUCCUACUCUCUCUCGGACACCCGAAUUGCGAGCCGAUAAGCAGCAAGAAGCCGCCAACGGCGCUCGCUCGGUAAUGGAAGCCAUGCAUCGUUCUGCCCCCAACCAAGAAUCUCAGCCUCGUUCAGAUACCAAGAUGCAUUUCGAUACAAACAGCUUGAGAGUCCUGGUCAAGAGAGCAGGAGAGCUACGUGAUUCCUUGUCAGAUGUUGUUCGUCGGGCCGAGCAAAUAACGCAGAGCCCUGCCGGAACUCCAAGGCGUGAUCGUCAAAGCGACUCCAGUCCUGCUUUCACGCGAAUGUUUGAUGACCCAGGCUCAAGCCAGUCUCGUCGCACCAUCCGGCAUCGUGGUGACCUUUCUUCUUUACUGGAUUCAUCGUCACCAGAAAACUCAACCUCAUCUUCACCAAUGAAUAGACGCAUACAGACGGUG